AAAAAUUGCUAUGACAGCCCACAAACGUUAGUCACAGCUCUUCGUGUUUUCCAAGUCUACGACAGAAGCUGUCAGCUUUUCAGGAAUAAGUGUUUUAUCGGUUGAUCUUCUUGUGUCUGACAGCGCUUUUAAAACGACUAAGCAUGGGAGUGGGAUCUGGUGAUGCUGACACCAAGAUGGGCGAUUCAGAGGACGGUUGUGGAAAAGGAUCCACUCAUGAAGAUUUCAAAGAGUUAGACGAGCUCAGAGCUCUAGUCAGUGGAUUACAAAAUGUCUAUAAGGAUCAGAUUGCGUUGGAGAUGUCAUGUGAGAGAAUGACGUUCAUCGUGGACCAAUACCAGGAACAGCCACAUCUGAUUGAUCCUCACCUGGAUGUACUCAUCUCUGAUAUUCUGUCCCUUGCGUGGAAUCCAAAGUCACCAGCCAAAGUGAUGCAUGAAUCCUUCAGAUAUCUCUACCUCAUCACAAAGGUGCGAGGUUACAAGAUUGUGGUCAGACAUCUUCCUCAUGAGGUAGCUGAUUUAGAGCCAGUUCUCCAAAUGUUGACCAAUCAGGAUCCUUAUGACUUUGGGACCUGGGAAACUCGCUACAUGUUGCUAUUGUGGAUGUCCAUGGUAUGUAUGAUCCCAUUUGACAUGUCCCGACUGGACAGCCAUGCCAAGUCUAAUGCAGGAGAGGUUAAGGAGCCUAUCAUGGACAGGAUCAUCAACAUAGGAAAGCUGUACUUACCUGUGGCAGACAAGUCACAGGAUGCUGCGGCGUACAUGUUGUCUCAUUUCCUCACCCGCCCUGAUGUGAAAUCCCAGCGCUUAGAAGAAACCCUGGAUUGGGCACUGGUGACACUGAGCAAGGCUGACUAUACGACAAUGCAGGGCAUGACUCACGCUUCUGGUAUCCUCAGGAUGUUAGCACUUCUUUUCAAACAGGGAAAACGUGAAGAUCUCCUCAGCUCUGCUCCAACCAUCCUACAUGCAAUAGAUGAGUGUAAGUUGAUGAUUUCCACCAGUACAGUGCUCACAAAGCUGUCAGUGAAACUCGUACAGCGACUGGGAUUGAUAUUCCUCAAGUACAGAGUAGCUGCCUGGAGAUAUCAACGAGGAAGUAGGUCUCUAGCGGAGAACCUGAAGUCAUUGAAUCCGGCCUCACAGAUCUUGAUGUCCAAUGGUUCAGGAGGGAUGGCGGAUGAUGGGGAAGAGGAGUAUGACAUCCCUGAUGAGAUUGAGGAUGUUAUAGAGCAAUUGCUGAUUGGCCUGAAGAACUAUGAUACAGUUGUGAGAUGGUCAGCAGCUAAAGGUAUAGGGAGAAUUACAGGGCGUCUCCCUAAGGAGUUGGCUGAUGAUGUGGUGGGGUCUGUGUUAGAACUGUUCACACUGCAGGAGAGUGAUGGCGCCUGGCAUGGAGGUUGCUUGGCCCUGGCUGAGUUGGGGAGGAGGGGCCUUCUGCUGCCAGACAGGCUGAGUGAUGUUGUGCCGGUUGUUUUGCGAGCCUUGGCUUACGAUGAACGAAAGGGAAAUUUCUCUGUAGGCGCCCAUGUCAGGGAUGCAGCAUGUUAUGUGUGCUGGGCAUUUGCCAGGGCGUAUGAUCCUAAAGAGAUCACCCAUCAUGUUAAAAGCAUUGCUAAUGCCUUGGUGACUGUGUCAAUAUUUGACCGGGAGAUUAAUGUGAGAAGAGCGGCCGCUGCAGCCUUUCAGGAGAAUGUAGGCAGACAGGGUACAUUUCCUCAUGGUAUAGACAUCCUGACUACGGCUGAUUACUUUGCUGUCGGCAACCGUACCACGUGUUACCUCAACCUCAGUGUGUUUGUGGCCCACUUUGAGGAGUACACCACUUUCUUGAUAGAUCACCUGGUGAAUGUGAAGAUCAGCCAUUGGGACAGUGAUAUACGAGAGCUUUCAGCUUUAGCAUUACACAAGCUAACAUCUACAGCCACGGACUACAUGGCCAAUGAAAUUGUUCCAGCAUUGCUGCCUAAAACAACUGGGUUAGAUCUGUUCCUGAGACAUGGGUCUAUAUUGGCAGUGGCUGAGAUAGUACAUGCACUGGCUAAGAUAGCAGCUGACAAAGGAGAACCUGUUACAAAGUUAUUAGACACCAAAACUGUGAGUGGACUGAAGGAUAUUGCAAAAACACUGUAUGAUGGUAAGCUGUUCCGUGGCCUCGGUGGUGAACUCAUGAGGAAGGCAGUGAGCAGUCUCAUAGAGAAGCUAUCCUUAUCUAAGAUGCCAUACCAUAAAGACCCUGUCAUAGAUUUAUGGCAAGAGCUGAUUGAUGAUUGUUUGGCACACAGAGAGCCAGAGAUCCGGACUGCAGCUGCGAGUGCUAUCUCAGCGUUUUUCACAGAGUAUUAUACACAGGCAGGGGGAGGGGCUGACCCAGCCAAACAAGAGAAGAUAAUUGAGAAAUACCUGAUGCAGUUGAGGUCAACUGUGGAGACUACAAGGAGGGGCUAUGCCCUAGCCAUAGGUGCGUUACCCAAAUUCAUGUUGGAGGGAAAGCUGAAGCCAGUUUUAGCCAGUUUAAUCCAGACGGCCACUGUUACAGUCAAACAAGAGAAGUGGGCAGAGUCUCGAAGGGAUGCCCUGAAGGCCAUUACUAGCGUGAGUUGUACUGUAGAUGUUGACCCAGAAGGUUCAGGUAACCAUGUGCUCAAUACAGACAAUGUGGCCGACAUCUAUCAGAUAUUCAUCACUGUCAUGUCUGAUUACACACUUGACAGCCGAGGGGAUGUUGGAGCAUGGGUAAGAGAAGCUGCCAUGACAGGUUUUCAGACACUGACCAGUAGACUGGCCCAGUCUCAUCCUGCUCUUCUCCAGCCGUCUGUGAUAAAGGCGAUAUUCUGUAACUUGGUUCAGCAGGCGUGUGAGAAGAUAGAUCGUACGAGAGCGCAUGCUGGAGGGGUCUUCUCUACACUGCUUCAUCACAGUCCACCUGUUCCCCACAUUCCCCACAGAGAAGAACUGGAGAAGUUAUUCCCCAGUGAAAAGGUAGCUUUCAUGAACUGGGCAGCACCUGCAGAGACAUUCCCUUCCUUUACCCGUUUACUAGCUCUGGACACGUACAUGUAUCACGUGUUGCUGGGCCUGAUCGUUAGUGUGGGAGGGAUGACAGAAUCUCUGGUAAAAACCUCCAGUCAAGCCUUAUUUGAGUAUUUACGAACUGUGGCCAAAGACAAACAGAAGCUGAUGAUCUUCUCUGACACCUUACUACAGGUGUUUGUGGACUACAAAGACUCUGACAGAGUGGCAGUGCCAGCAUUCAAAAUGUUUGACCAGUUGUUUUCUAGAGGCUGCUUCGACCUAUUCAUUGAGGAUCCUUACGAUUCCUUUGGUGAAAAUCUGUUGAAGUGUAGCAAAGAGGUGAUAUUCAAGUCAGGGAACCCUCAAAAACUCAUGGCUAGUGCUGAUGUAUUUUGUGGGCUGCUACCUUUGAAUGAAGACAUCAGGAAGAAAGCUUUGUUUCAGCUGAUGGUUUUCUUGUGCCACAGAUUCCCUAGGGUGAGAAAAACAACAGCGAGUAAACUGUAUGAGGCCUUCAUCACUUAUGAUGAAGUUGUACCUGAGGAACAUAAUGAAGAAGUAUUGACCAUUCUUAGUGAAACUAACUGGGAUGAGUCUUAUGAAGUCCUUCGACCAAUCAGGAACAGGCUGUGUGAUAUCCUUAACAUUCCUAAACCAGCCAUUAAGUUUGCUGUCUACAGUGUCAUGUGUGGACCCUCCUACAUGAUGUGUCAGUGUCAGUUUGCUGUCUGCAGUGCCAUGUGUGGACCCUCCUACAUGAUGUGUCAGUUUGCUGUCUGCAGUGUCAUGUGUGGACCUUCCUACAUGAUGUGUCAGUUUGCUGUCUGCAGUGUCAUGUGUGGACCUUCCUGCAUGAUGUGUCAGUUUGCUGUCUGCAGUGCCAUGUUUGGAUCCUUCCCACAUGUGUCAUGUGUGGACCCUCCUGCAUGGUGUGUCAGUUUGCUGUCUGCAGUGUCAUGUGUGGACCCUCCUGCAUGGUGUGUCAGUGUCAGUUUGCUGUCUGCAGUGCCAUGUGUGGAUCCUUCCCACAUGAUGUGCCAGUGUCAGUUUGCUGUCUGCAGUGCCAUGUGUGGACCUUCCUACGUGAUGUGUCAGUGUCUGUUUGCUGUCUGCAGUGUCAUGUGUGGACCCUCCUGCAUGGUGUGUCAGUGUGAGUUUGCUGUCUGCAGUGUCAUGUGUGGACCCUCCUACAUGAUGUGUCAGUGUCAGUUUGCUGUCUGCAGUGCCAUGUUUGGAUCCUCCUGCAUGGUGUGUCAGUGUCAGUUUGCUGUCUGCAGUGUCAUGUGUGGACCCUCCUACAUGAUGUGUCAGUGUCAGUUUGCUGUCUGCAGUGCCAUGUUUGGAUCCUCCUGCAUGGUGUGUCAGUGUCAGUUUGCUGUCUGCAGUGUCAUGUGUGGACCUUCCUACAUGAUGUGUCAGUUUGCUGUCUGCAAUGUCAUGUGUGGACCUUCCUACAUGAUUGUCAUGUGUGGACCUUCCUACGUGAUGUGUCAGUGUGAGUUUGCUGUCUGCAUUGUCAUGUGUGGACCCUCCUGCAUGGUGUGUCAGUACGGCCCAGCAAUGAGCAUCAGUCAGUUCUCCAGGGACAGUGAUAGCUUCCGGAACAUUAUGAACCAAGAGAGUCAGUGA